GAAAAGUCCACCGAAGUCGUUGGUCACUUGCAGCAGCUGGUCAGACAUGAAAGACUCGCAUUUAGGACCCAGGGGUGUGUUGUUUUUCUCACGAUGUUCAGCAGACUAUUAUGACAAUGUGAUAUCUAUCAGUCACUGCGUUAUUACAGUCUGAUACGGAACGCCCAAACACCCAGCCGUCGCAAUGAGAGAGCUGCAUUUCAAAGAUCAUUUUUGGAGCAUUGAUAUCACCAGCACAGCAGGUUAUGACAGCAUCAUCCAGCACCUGAACGAUGGCAAGAGGACAUGCAAAGAGAUUGAGGAUUUCUUGAAAGCUAGAGCUGCAAUAGAAGAGAAAUAUGCAAAGGAGCUCCUUGGUUUGUCCAAGAAAGUGUGUGGACACAGUGAGAUGAACACCCUGAAACGUUCACUUGAUGUUUUCAAAUUACAAACAGAACAAGUGAGCUUGUCUCAUCUACAUUUGGCCCAAACUAUGAGAGAGGAAGCAAAAAAAUUAGAGGAAUUUAGAGAGAAACAGAAAGAAGAUCGAAAGAGGGUAGAACAACAGAUGGAUGCUCUUCACAAGCAGAAGGCUGCCCAAUACAAGAAAACAGCAGAAGUGAAGAAGAGCUAUGAGCAAAAGUGUCGUGAUAAAGAGGAAGCAGAGCAGAACAUGAACAGAAAUGCCACUACCAGCAGUUCCAAGCAGCAAGAAAAGCUGUACGCCAAAACACAGCAAGCCAAGCAGUGUGCAGAUGAAGCUGACAGAAUAUACAGUCAGAAUGUGUCCAUACUGGGGAAGAUCAGAGCGGAGUGGCUGAACGAGCAUGUUAAAGCAUGUGAGUUUUUUGAGAAACAGGAAGUGGAGAGGAUCAACACCCUGAGGAACAUAGUGUGGACCCAUCUAAACCAACUCUCCCAGCAGUGUGUCACCAGCGACGAGCUUUAUGAGGAAGUGAGGAAGUCUUUGGAGCAAUGUAACAUUCAAGAAGACCUUGAGCAUUUUAUCAACCUCAGACGGACUGGAGACAAACCACCAGCACCUGUUCCAUAUGAGAACUUCUACAACAAUCAGAGAUUGGCCCCUGCUCACCCACCUGCAACAGCUGUCAGGAGAGCGGCAGUACCUCCACCAGCAGUUGCAGAAAAUGAUCCUUUAUAUUCAACUGUAGCAGAGCCGGGAUACAGCCUUAUACGAUAUUAAUAAGAAUGUGAACUGGUAAGAAUGCUUGCAAGAAUGUAACCUUGACAGAUAAUUUACAAAUAGUAGUAUUAAUGUUGGACCUAGUGUUAUACAAGUACUAAUGUUGUUUAAGAAUACUUUACAAAUGUUUCCUUUAGGAAAUAUUCUUAUCCUGUGUUUAAGUUGUUUUCAUUUUACAGUUUCAUGGGUCCUUCUUCAGCUCAAUAUAGAUACAGUUAAGGCAACUGGCAUAUCUCUUUUUUAUAUAUAUACUGUAUAUUAAGAACCGAGAGAGCUGAAUUCUUAAAGGAAAAGAUGAGCCAAAAAUGAAAAUUCCGUCAUAAUUUACUCACCCUUAUAUUGUUCCAAACCUGAAUAACUUUGUUUUUACAGAAUAAAUUAAGUCAAAUCAGAAUCAGCUUUAUUGCCAAGUAUGCUUACACAUACAAGGAAUUUGUCUUGGUGACAGGAGCUUCCAGUGCACAACAAUACAACAAGAAAAUAAAAAAUAGAAUAAAAAUAAAAACUGAAUAGAAAAUAUAAGUAUAUAUAGAAAUACACAAUAGGACUAUAUAUAUAUAUAUAUAUAUAUAUAUAUAUAUAUAUAUAUAUAUAUAUAUAUAUAUAUAUAUAUAUACACACACUGUAUAUAUGUACAAUAUACAAAUACAAUCUGUUAUAUACAGAAGCAAUAGAAUGUAAUGGCAGAAGAGGUAUGGUAUGCUGGACAAAUAUAAAUAGACUAAGCUGUGUAUUGCACAUUAGUUAUUGCUCAAUGUCCCAGUUUUAGCUGUUCAUGAGAUGGAUAGCCUGAGAGAAAAAACUGUUCCUGUGCAUGACGGUUCUGGUGCUCAGUGUUCUGUAGCGCCUGCCAGAAGGCAACAGUUCAAAAAGGUAGUGGGCUCUGGACCCCACUCACCCAGCCCACUACAACAUAAUGGUGGAUAAAUGAUGACAGAAAUUUCAUUUUUGGAUGAACUCUAUGACCAGCUUCCUCACACUGUGUGGUGAGAAUAUUCUACACCUGGCAUGAAGGAUAACUCUGGAUAAAAGCAAUAUGUUAACUUGCUAAUUUCAAAUCAACUUUGUAAAUAGGCUUUGGAGUGAUCUUUGAGACUAUUGUAAGUCCAUAAAAGUCAAAAGCAAAUCCACAAGAGAACACCUGAAACAGGAAAUGAGCAAACAGUUCUCACUUCAUUGAUGACAUUGUGAAAGCAAUAUUGUAUAAAGCUUUGCCUUUUUAUUCACCGUUAAAGACAUGGGCUCAUAUAGAUUUUUAAGAAAUUUAAAGCCCAAAAUAUAAUUUAUUUAUAAUGUAAAAUCUGAGAUAAUGUCCUGCAACACAGAAUGUAUGGCUUCAAUAAAUGUAUAUAUUAUUUAACCUCAUUGUCCUCUGAUAAAGUGUGAGGUAUGUCAGCUUUGAGGAGUGUCCUUUUUGAGUCAUUAUACAUUAUAAAAACACUGUAUCCUGCUAAAAAG